AUGUCAGAAGCACUGGAUCUCGUUCGCGUACCGGCUGCAAAAACUGCAAUUGGUUCCGAGGAUCGAAUGCAACGUCAACUGAGAAAUUUACACUUCCGUGUCAACACUAAACAAGUCUUCGGAACUGACAGAAACUUCAAACGUAGGAUUCGAGGUGUAAAAUGCGAUGGAGCAAAGCCGGGCUGUCAGAGAUGCAAGAAAUUUGGCUGUAUGUGUGAUGGAUAUGAUGAACGCAAGAGCUUUAGUUUUCAGCCACCAACGAAUCCAAGGAGAGUUUUUCCUCGAACAGAGACUAAGCAGUCAUCACAAAGAAUAUUGGUACCCAAGUCUCUACCAUUUUCAUUUCGAAUUACACUCCUUGGAGAGCAAGAAGCAAUAUACUCUCAAAUAUUUCAAUGCGAAACUAUAAAUUGCCUUGCGGAUGGCCGCAAAUCACCACUUUGGUAUGAAAUAGUGAGGCAUGCGUGUCUGGAAGAACCAUCUAUCUUUCAUUGCGCCAUAGCCAUCGCUGCUCUGGAUAGAGCAUGUAAAUUUAGGUCUUCAAAUUCCUCCUCGGACGUUGACUUUCAUCAUCGUCAUGCACUUCAACAAUACGAAAAGGCUCUCAAAGAAUUACAGAAAGCGAGUCUUGUAUUCGCACUACCCUCACCUCCCCUCACCUCCCCUCUACUCAUGUUUUCUUUUCAAAUUUUUCAUGGGGAUGUUCGACUUGCCAUGAGAAAUGUCAGAACGACAAUAGAUCUCAUGUACAAUUGGAUCUCCAGCCAGACGGAUACUACUACCCAUAUUGAUUUUAGUCCCGCACCGCAUAUCCUCGAGCAUGAAGUAGUUGGACCAUUUGCUCGUCUUGAUGCGCAUCCCGCAAAUGCAUGUAUAACUUGGGUCAUUCUAACCCGACCUUCAUCUUCUAUACUAUUCGAAUAG